GCCAAGAGUCUUGUAGCCUCUGAGAAUGUGAGCACUGGCCAAAAGUUGGACUUUUCAGAUACGAUGGUACAGCAGAAGCUGGAUGAAAUAAAGGAUCAAAUCAAGCGGGAAAUAAGGAAGGAACUUAAAAUCAAGGAGGGAGCAGAGAACCUCAGGAAGGUCACAACAGAUAAAAAGAACUUGGCAUAUGUGGACAACAUGUUGAAAAAAUCAAAUAAGAAGUUAGAAGACUUGCAUCAUAAGUUACAGGAGUUAAAUGCACACAUUGUUGUAACGGAUCCAGAAGAUGUUGCAGAUUGUCCUAGGACUCCUGAUACUCCAAAUAGCGAUCCUCGUUUUUCUACUAACAACAGACUGAUGGCCUUAAAGAAGCAAUUGGAUAUAGAACUGAAGGUAAAACAGGGAGCAGAAAAUAUGAUACAGAUGUACUCUAAUGGCUCUUCAAAGGAUCGAAAACUUCUUGCCACAGCUCAGCAGAUGCUCCAGGACAGCAAGACAAAAAUAGAAGUUAUAAGGAUGCAGAUUCUUCAGGCAGUCCAGACCAAUGAAUUGGCUUUUGAUAAUGCAAAACCUGUGAUAAGCCCUCUUGAACUCCGAAUGGAAGAAUUACGGCAUCAUUUUAGGAUAGAGUACGCCGUAGCAGAAGGUGCAAAAAAUGUGAUGAAAUUACUUGGAUCUGGGAAAGUUACCGACAGAAAGGCACUUUCAGAAGCGCAAGCAAGAUUUAAUGAGUCAAGCCAGAAGCUGGACCUCUUGAAGUAUUCACUGGAACAGAGAUUGAGUGAACUUCCUAAAAACCAUCCCAAAAGCAGUAUUAUUAUAGAGGAGCUUUCAUUGGUCUCUUCACCCACAUUAAGUCCUCGUCAAAGUGUAAUAUCUACUCAAAACCAGUAUAGUACACUGUCCAAACCAGCAGCUUUAACAGGUACCCUGGAAGUUAGGCUAAUGGGCUGUCAAGAUAUUUUGGAAAACGUCCCUGGUCGAUCAAAAGCCACAUCGAUUACGCUACCUGGUUGGAGUCCCAAUGAAGCCAGAUCAUCUUUCAUUAGCAGAACCACUAAAAGUAAAAGUGGGAGUAGCAGAAACCUUCUGAAAACCGAUGACUUGUCCAAUGAAGUCUGUGCUGUACUGAAGCUGGAUAACACUGUCGUUGGUCAGACUAGCUGGAAGCCAAUUUCCAAUCAGUCAUGGGAUCAGAAAUUUACACUGGAACUAGACAGGUCACGUGAAUUAGAAAUCUCAGUUUAUUGGCGCGACUGGAGAUCUUUGUGUGCAGUGAAGUUUCUGAGGUUGGAAGAUUUCCUCGAUAACCAACGGCAUGGCAUGUGUCUCUAUCUUGAACCCCAGGGCACUCUGUUUGCAGAGGUUACGUUUUUUAAUCCAGUUAUUGAAAGAAGACCAAAACUCCAGAGGCAGAAGAAAAUUUUUUCAAAACAGCAAGGCAAAACAUUUCUCAGAGCUCCUCAGAUGAAUAUUAAUAUUGCCACUUGGGGAAGGCUGGUAAGAAGAGCUAUUCCUACAGUAAAUCACUCUGGCACCUUCAGCCCUCAAGCACCAGUGCCGGCUACCGGGCCAGUGGUUGAUGCGCACAUUCCUGAACUAACGCUGCCAGCCAGUGAGUCUCCUGUAGCCAAAUUGGACUUUGAGCUUGAGCCAGAGCCUCCACCUGCUCCGCCUCGUGCAUCUUCCCUUGGGGAAAUAUCUGAAUCUUCCUCUGAGAUAAAGGCUUCUGAUGUGCCAUCUCAGGAUGAAGUAACAACUUUUGAUUUUGAAAAUGGCAGAAAUAGUAUUGUCCCAAACCAGCCUGAAAUAAUCUGUGAGCCUGAUGUUCCCCGUUCAGACAUAAAAUACACGAACACCCGAGAGCCUGAAGAUAGAAGAUUGCAACAACGAUUUCAAUUCAGUCUGAAGGAUUUCAGAUGUUGCGCUGUACUGGGCAGAGGACAUUUUGGAAAGGUGCUGCUGGCAGAGUACAAAAAUACAAAUGAGAUGUUUGCCAUUAAAGCCUUAAAGAAAGGAGAUAUUGUUGCUCGUGAUGAAGUAGACAGCUUGAUGUGCGAAAAGCGAAUAUUUGAAACUGUGAAUAGUGUGAGACACCCCUUCUUGGUGAAUCUUUUUGCUUGUUUCCAAACCAAAGAUCACGUUUGCUUUGUAAUGGAAUACGCUGCUGGUGGAGAUCUGAUGAUGCACAUUCAUACUGAUGUCUUCUCUGAACCAAGAGCAGUAUUCUAUGCUGCAUGUGUGGUUCUUGGACUUCAGUAUUUGCAUGAACACAAAAUAGUUUAUAGAGAUUUGAAGUUGGAUAACUUAUUGCUGGACACGGAAGGCUUUGUGAAAAUAGCUGACUUUGGUCUUUGCAAAGAAGGAAUGGGAUUUGGAGACAGAACAAGCACAUUCUGUGGCACACCGGAAUUUCUUGCUCCAGAGGUGCUGACAGAAACUUCCUAUACACGAGCUGUAGACUGGUGGGGUCUUGGUGUACUUAUCUACGAGAUGCUAGUGGGUGAGUCUCCCUUUCCUGGAGAUGAUGAAGAAGAGGUGUUUGACAGUAUUGUAAAUGAUGAAGUAAGAUAUCCACGAUUUCUGUCUACAGAAGCCAUCUCUAUAAUGAGACGGCUGUUGCGAAGAAAUCCAGAGCGGCGUCUUGGAGCUGGAGAGAAAGACGCCGAGGAUGUGAAAAAGCAUCACUUCUUCAGGCUAAUAGAUUGGAACGCUUUACUGGCCAAGAAAGUGAAGCCUCCUUUUGUACCCACCAUUAGAGGACGAGAAGAUGUUAGCAAUUUUGAUGACGAAUUUACCUCUGAAGCACCUAUCCUCACUCCACCUCGGGAACCAAGGCUACUUUCAGAAGAAGAGCAGGAAAUGUUCAGAGAUUUUGAUUACAUUGCUGAUUGGUGUUAACUUCCAGACACUGUGAACCCCCAGCUGACUGGCUCACAAGAACGCCUCUCUCAGAAUACCGACCCCUCAAUUGCUCUCUGUGCCACCCGUAGCUUCUGGUUUUUUAAAUCACAUGAAGAUCCUUUUAAGUACUGUUUUAUCGCUCUUGUGAAGAGUGGCCUCUUUGUAUAUUGUUUUUUAUCUGAGCACUGGAAAGCAGGUCUAUGCGCUGAGCUGGUGAACUCAGGCUGUAUUAAGCUUCCCACACAUGGGCACACGUGGAUUUGUACUGUUUCUCUCACUCUUCUACAGCAGAUACCACGGCUUUAUAAAGUAUCUGCCUUAAGUGAGAAAAGCAGACUUGGAGCUAGGUAAUCAGUUCUCUCUCCUCAGCCACACUGAAAUAGAAGUUUGGGAUACUGAUGACACUCACCCAGAACAUG